AUGUCAAUUACUCGUGAGGAAGGGUCAUUGAUCAAUUACUACAGUUUAUACUACUGUCAUUUCCAAUCAUUUUCCCUAUUGGCAAUAUUGCCCCUUAUAUGCAUCCUCCUUGUGCUUUUUAUUUCAUUGGGCUAUACUGCACUGGAAUACCUAUGCCCCAAUCUUCAUACGAUUGCCAAGGCACACUUGAAAAUGCCAGAUAACUUAGCUGGGCUAACUAUACUUGCAUUUGGAAAUGGGGCACCAGAUAUAUUUGGUACUUUUGAAGCAAUGAAAUCGGGCCUGAUCAAUUUAGCCAUCUCCGAGUUGCUUGGUGCCUCGUUGUUCAUUAGCACGUGUGUUAUUGGUUGCAUUGCAAUUGUAAAGCCGUUCAGAGUUCCUCAAUACCUAUUCGUUAGAGAUACUAUUAUGUACAUAACAGUUUAUGUAAUAAUUACAAUGGCCAUCUUCUGGGGUAGCUUGGAAUCCAUGUUUUGCGUUGCUUUGGUAUUGGUGUAUGUGGCAUUCGUUGCAUUUGCAUUGUAUGCACAUAAAAGACAAAAGUCAAGGAUUCACAACAUAUUACGCGACCGCAGGUCAAGAGGACAGUACAAUGAGAUUGAACCAGGAGUCGAAGAGGAAAUAGAUGAUGUAUACCUAGAUCACACUUCGAGAUUACCAACUAUCGAUGAUGUGACUAUUGAGGAGUUCAACGAUUCUACGCAGGGGGGAAAUAGCCUUGAUGAUGAUGACGAUAAUGAUUAUGAUAUCAAUAAUGAUGAUAAUGAAGACCAAAUUAUGGGUGCUAAUAUUGGUACCUAUGGUUUAAAGAGGCUCGUGCAGAAUUUAUCACUACACUCGAAUCUUCGUGGUAGGAUCCAAUUAGAUGAUGAGGUGCUGGUUUCUAGGGAAGGCGCCUCGGUAGAUGAUUUUUUCAAUUCCAAGAGUAAUGCAAACAAAUGGAAGUGUUUAUUCUGGUCUUUAUUUCCACUGCGUCAAAGUUUUGAAGAUUGUGAGAGCCGCUUGCAUCAGGUGCAAAUAGUUCUACAACUUCCUAUUCUGAUCCUUUUAAAGCUCACUACACCAAUACAAGAUUUUGCAACAUAUACGAUGAUUCAGAAUGAUCUUGCUAAAUCAGGUGAGUACACCAAUGAUAAUAAUGAUGUUGGUGAUAAUAAUGACGGAGAUAAUAAUUUGGGCUCGUUUGAUUAUGAAAUGGACAAGAUGCGGCUUUCCAUUCAAGCGGCAUUGGGGAUGUUUACGUUGGUCGUUUUAAAUAUGGACAUGAACUUUUUUGCAAAAGUUCUUUUUCUGGUCAUACUUGGAAGCAUAGCAUUUCUAACUGUUGAAAAGGUCUAUCCUGAUGUUACUUCUGACACUAUAUUGGCUUCGCAUUCGCUUCUAAAUCGCAUGAAUAUCAUCAACUACAUUACAUCUGCUUUGGGACUCCUCCUUUCAAUUACUUGGAUAUCCACCAUAGCAUCUCAGAUAGUUUUGAUCAUACAUGCCAUUUCAACCAUAUACAACUUGAGUGAUGAUUUAUUAGGUAUUACUCUUUUUGCAUUGGGUAACUGUGUAGGUGACAUGGCUACCAACUAUACUAUUGCCCGAAUGGGAUUUCCCAAUAUGGCAUUUUCUGCAUGUUUUGGAGGGCCACUAUUGGCUCUAUGUUCUUUGGGUAUGAAUAGGAUCUUACUUGGAGGAGACAGUACUACAAGUGGCGAAUUGGAGAUAAGACUGAGUGCUACACUAUGGCUAAUGGUGCUUGGCUUUUUCUGGAAUAUGGCCAUCUUGUGUGUACAAGUACCAAGAAACAAUUGGAUGCUUGAUGAGAAGAUUGGUAAGAUCUUAAUUUGCAACUGGGUUGGAUGUGUAGUAAUUGCAAGUAUCUCCUCUUUAGUGUAA